AUGAAUUCAAGUCGGUUAUCCUCAAGAAAUCAGCCGAAAACACCAUUUAGGAAGUUUGUGCAGCGAGUAACACGCAGAAAAAGAAUUUUACUAGACGAACCAUCUCCUCUGGAAAGAGUUUGUGAUAUCUGGGAUCUACUUGCUGUUGCAUUUGGAGGAACUCUCGGAAUCGGAGUAUUUGUUGUCCCUGGAGAUGUGGCCAGAAAAUAUGCAGGACCAGCCGUAGUUGUUUCGAUCACAAUAGCUGCUUUUGUUACUUUUUUAGGUUGUGUGUCGAGCCUUGCGCGAGGUCUGAGUUCUCACAUAGAUCGAAUGACUGGCAAUGCUAUAUCUUACGGCCUGGCCAAGUGGCUUCCAAUGAAUAUUCCAUUUAUGUCUGCUUUUCCAGAUUUCCUAGCAUUGGUUUUGCUCAUAAUUUUGCAUGGUGAUCCAUCGAAUUGGAGUCUAGAUCCUCCUAUAGAUUAUAUUCCGCUUAAACGAGUGCAGGCUGUGAAAGACCCUGGACCGGGUACAGGUGGCUUCGCUCCAUUCGGCGUUCGCGGUGUUUUACAUGGGGCAUCGGAAGCAUUUUUUGCCUUCAUCGGCAUGAUCAAUGUUGCUACGAUGAGCGAAGAGGCAAUUCAUCCCGAAAGAGAUAUCCCAUUGGCUAUAAUAAUCACAUCAGUACUCACUUAUUUAACAUAUUUAGGAGUUGGCAUUGGACUCACUAUGAUGGCACCUUAUUAUCAACUGGACCCUGUCGCUCCAUACAUAACAUUGUUCAAUCAACUUGGUCUGCACGAUAUGGAAUGGUUGGUCGGUGCAGGUGCACUAUUUUCUAUUUCUGCAAGUUUAUUUUCAUCAGUUCUUGGAUUGCCACGAUUGUUGUAUGCAGUCGCCCACGAUGGAUUACUAUUUUCUGCCCUGAAAAAAGUCCACGACAAGACGAAGGUACCAUAUGUCUCGGUGUUAGUCAGUUCUUUGUUCACAGGAUUGAUGUCAUUAUUCUUCGAUUUAUAUCAGCUGAUAGGUCUUAUGAACCUCUUAUUCUUGAUGUGUUUCACUGUUGUCGCCAUUUGUGUCAUAUUAAUGAGAAUUCAAGGAUAUUCCCAGGCAGGCGCCUGGGAAGAAACUAAAAAUAAUGAAAACACAGAAAAUGGAGGUAUUGACGAGCGAGAUCCUCAAAAAUAA